AUGGCAGCUGAUUCGGACAAGUCUGAGGCGCGCGCUCUUCCGACCGCCGAUGAGCUGGCGCAGGCGCUCAAAGUCGAAGUGUACGACAACAAGGGCAAAUCCACGCCACUUGGCGACCUGGCUAAAGGUCAAAGGACUGCGCUCAUAUUUAUCCGGCACUUCUUUUUUGUUCGGCGUCUCAGCGAGGCUGUACCGCCUUCAGAUCUGCCCGCAAACACACGAGUUCUUGUCAUCGGUUGCGGUUCAUACCAACCCAUCGACGACUGGGCAACCGCAGCCUCAUCCAAGUAUCCUGUAUAUACAGACCCUUCAAACAAGUUGUAUACGUUGUUCAAGUUUAAAUCAAACCUUUCGCAAGGCGAUGGUAGCGAGCCGCGCGACUACAUGCGCGAUGCAGGUGGGGCUGUUGCAAGAUGGUUCAGUGGCAUCACGGCUGCUUUAGGCAGUCUACAGAAUCUGCCAUAUGUCGGGCCAAAGUCACAGAAUGGUGGUGAAGUUAUACUUUCCGCUGAGGGCGAAUGUGAAUUCAUCAGCCGCAUGCAGACCACGGUGGAUCACACUAACGUAUCGGAGCUCGCUACUCUGCUCGGUGCCAGUAAGCAUGAUACCGCUGGACAAUGA